AUGGGCAUGGUCGUCCGAGGAAGUACCACGAUCCCACAGGAGACCGGCGUGAAGGAGUCUGGAGACAGUCCACUGGCCACUCUCCACGCGACACCCGCCCUUUGUGCCCGCCAACUGGGACGUGGAGUCCCAGCUAUCGGCCGCACCACCCGCCAUUCCCCCAAUCGCCACUUAUCGGCGCGACCGGCGCAAUUAGCCGCCGUGACCACACCGCGUUACGAACGUUUCCAAUCCGGCGCUGAUUUACGAGCGCCGCGCUCCAACCAACGCGAGAACAGACACCUGGUCGCAGUCGCUUUUCCCGAGACUAUUAAAGCUUCAUCUGACGCAGAACCGGUGGGC